CCCGGCGACUGCGGCGAUGCGCGCUACUUCGACAUCUCGCAGCUGUCCUGCGGGCCCUGCGGGGCGCACCAGAGGCGGAGCGCCGGUGGUAGUUCAUGUGUAUGUCUGCCAGGGUAUAGGAUGGUUUCUAAUAACGGUGGGUCCUCUGUUAUUUGUGAAAAAUGCCCGGCAAAUAUGAGUGGGGUUACUCAAGACGGAUGGAAUUGUAUUACUUGCCCUAAGGGCCUGACUUCUGAAGGAAAAUGUAAAUGCCUCAGUAAUGAAAUAUUAGUGGAAAGAAGUGUUGAUGGCAUUUUGCUAAAUGAAGCAUUGUGCAUAGUUUGUAAUGGGAGCGCAGAGUCGUUCUCCGCUUCAGAUGUGUUAGGAAGCAGGUGUGUAAGAUGUGAACAGACAUUCAUCGAUGUAAGCAAGUCGUGUGACUGUAGCAGCCCAAAUAUUUUAAGUGGAGGUUUAUGUUUCAGCGCUCGUGAAAGCUUACCUCCAAAGGGAAUUGCAACUGUUCGGUUUGGACAGCUAGGUGUAACACUGACAUCAGCUUGGUUUCUGAAAAACCUGCAAGCCUCAGCCUCUGCCUGCUGGUUGUACUCUAAUCUAACAGCGUGCCAAGCUCUUGGAAAUAUGUGUGUGAUGAAUAUGAACUCACUGAGUUCUUCAAGUACAGAUGCCUGCAGUUUAUUUCAAUAUAUUUAUGCCAAUACAGCAAGGCUAGGCAUUGUUCAUUCAAUAGCAUUCUGGAGGCAUAAUCUGCCGUGGCUGUAUUACGGCGAUCAACCAGGAUUAGCAUCCCAAGUGCUUGAGACAAAUCAUCUCCCUACUGUCUUCACUUUUAAAGGAAGAAGUGAGGAUGUGAAACUGCAGUUUAUUGCAGCCUCGUAUGAUGCAGCAGGAAACUUUCUUAAAUGGCAAAGUUUGGAAGGAGGCCUCUUACAGCUUUGUCCUGAUACUCAGACUAAACUGAGUGCAGCUUACGUAUUUGGAACAACUUAUGAACAAAGUUGCAAGAUUUCCGUUUCCAAGAUUUUAGUGGAUUUUACUAAUCCAAUCUUUUAUGACCUGUUCUAUGAAUAUAAUGGUGACAGUGGACAGCAAUACCUUUGGGCUGUGCCAGUGUUAAAUCUGAAUCUUCAGUACAGUGAGAUGUAUGUGAAUCAAGGCAGCAGUAUGAACAACUGGCUUUUGACUCGUCGCUUCUUUUUGGUGGAUACAUUGAGUGGAAGAGAAAAUGACUUGGGAAAACUACCAAGAAUAAUUCGAAUUGCUAGCAAAAUAACAAUAAGAAUUCGUCUGGUAUCCCACACUCAGAAAGGAACUAUCUACCCACCUCUGGUUACUGUUGCUUACACAGAUGUGCUUGUCCAAAACCCUGAUACCCAGAGUGUGACGGUUUCCUUCUCAGUCCAUUAUGAGAUGAAUCAGUCGGAGGCUCAGAUUCAGACAGAUAUCACGUUGGGCGUGUUGGGUGGGCUCGCAGUGCUAUGGUCCCUUCUCAGGACUGCAGGCUGGAAGAGGCGUACAGGCAGUUCUGUGAUUGACUUACAGACAGUUUUCAAGUUCUUACUCUUUUAUGCUGGAGACCUUGCCAACGUUUUCUUUGUCAUCACAGUGGGCACAGGGAUUUAUUGGCUCGUGUUCUUCAAAGCUCAGCAGUUCGUCUCUGUCCUUUUACCACUCCCAUCUCAAGAGAAAGCUUUUGUUACAUACGUAGCAUGUGCUUUUAGUUUAAAGGCUCUGCAGUUCUUGCAAUUAUUGGUUUCACAACUUACUGUAGAUAUUUUCUUUAUCGACUGGGAAAGACCUAAGGGCAGAGUUGUUAAAGCAGUUGAAGGUGAAGGCGAUGUAAAAAGUGCUGCUGCACCAGUGAGCAUAUGGAGAACAUAUUUUAUAGCCAAUGAGUGGAAUGAAAUUCAGACAGUGAGGAAGAUAAACCCUCUCUUUCAAGUGCUCGCAGUUCUUUUUUUUCUGGAGGUGCUGGGAUUUUCAAACCUGGCUUUAAUGGAUUCUUCUUCCAGUCUUACAAGAAGCAGUGAGAGUUACAUAGCACCAUGGAGCCGCAUUUUAAGAUUCGGUGUGUCUGCUGCACUGUGGUUAGCCAUUGCCUUCCUGCAGGUAUGUUAGGCACAUACAGAAUGAUCAGGUUUUUGUGCUGGUUCUUGGAAAGUAAAAUAUAUCCCUAUGCCAUGCUAGUGAUAAUAACAUUACUAUAGUACUGGGUAUCACAGAACCAUAGAAUGGCCUGGGUUGAAAAGGACCA